AUGAAUGACGGUAACGAACGCAGCUUUGUUGGGAUGCCGCUCGAGAUCCGAAUGAUGAUCUACGAGCAUCUUCUCGGUGGUGAUGGUUCCAAAGACAUUGUUAUUCGCAGCCAACCGCUGCAGAAUGCCCCCAACCGCACGUCGAAGCCUCUCCGUUCUGUCUACCCAAUACUCGGCCAGUCAAGAGGGCAACCCGCCUGCACAGCCACGUACACCAGACAAGGCAGCAUUCCAAUUCACCCUGCUAUUUUGAGCGUCAACCGCAUGAUCCAUGAGGAAGGAUCCCACUAUCUCUAUGGCAGACAUGACUUCCAUUUUGGCCAAGAUCUUGACGCUGUGGCUCCAUUCCUUGCUGACAGGAUGCCAUCGACCAGGGAUCUCAUUCGGUCCAUCACCCUCUACAAGCAAAUCCCUACCCGUUCCAUUGCUCACGAUCUUCACGAUUGGGAAACCAUAUGCCAAUCUCUCAGUCGCCUUACGCGUCUUACUAGACUCACUAUCAUUGUUGGAUGUGGACGGCCCCAGAAGUCAUGGGACGGUCCCCAAGAGCUCGCCGUGUCUGAUCUCCGUCUGCUGUACUCGACACGCCACGAGGUUAUUGACUGGAUACGGGAGCUGGCUGGGCUAGAUAGAAUUGGCAAUCUUGUAAUCGCGGCCGACGUGCAGCCGCUGGCAGAGCCAAAUACGCACGCGAUGUUAGUCACUGCGGCGUUCUCAGCAUCGAUUGGAUCCUCGUUGAUCCAGUUUCUGAGAGAUGACUUGGGGUUUGCGGCCACAGCUGCGAGAGAGCUCCGCGGCUAA